CGGCCCUGGGCAGCUCCUCGGUCCGGCCCGCGCCGGAGAUUCUGACAACCUUCGUCGACGCCGCCUCGGCCUCCGCUGCUCCCGAUGGCUGUCACCAUGAAUGAGGACCUGCGCCGGGAGCGGGCCUCCGCCAGCUUCAACCGCGAGCUGCUCACGCACAUUCUGGACGGCAGCCCGGAGAACACCCGGCGACGCCGAGAGAUCGAGAACCUGAUUCUGAACGACCCAGACUUCAAGCACGAGGACCUGAACUUCCUCACUCGCAGCCAGCGCUACGAGGUGGCUGUCAGGAAGAGCGCCACCCUCGUGAAGAAGAUCAGGGAGUUCGGCAUCUCGGACCCGGAUGAAAUCAUGUGGUUUAAAAAACUACAUAUGAUCAAUUUUGUGGAACCCGUGGGCCUCAAUUUCUCCAUGUUUAUUCCCACCUUGCUGAAUCAGGGCACCAGUGCUCAGAAAGAGAAAUGGCUGCUUCCCGCCCAAGGACUGCAGAUAAUUGGCACCUACGCCCAGACGGAGCUGGGCCACGGGACUCAUCUGCGAGGCUUGGAAACCACAGCCACAUAUGACCCUGAAACCCAGGAGUUUGUUCUCAAUAGUCCUACUGUGACCUCCAUCAAGUGGUGGCCGGGUGGACUUGGAAAGACUUCAAAUCAUGCGAUAGUACUAGCCCAGCUCUACACCCAGGGGAAAUGCUAUGGAUUACAUGCCUUCAUUGUGCCUAUUCGGGAAAUUGGAACCCACAAGCCUUUGCCAGGGAUCACCGUUGGCGACAUUGGCCCCAAAUUCGGCUACGAUGAGAUGGAUAAUGGCUACCUGAAGAUGGACCAUUAUCGUAUCCCCAGGGAAAACAUGCUGAUGAAGUACGCCCAGGUGAAGCCUGACGGCACCUAUGUGAAACCCGUGAGUAACAAGCUGACCUACGGGACCAUGGUGUUCAUCAGGUCCUUCCUCGUGGGAGAAGCUGCUCGGAGCCUGGCCAAGGCCUGCACCAUUGCCAUCCGGUACAGCGCCGUGAGGCACCAGUCGGAAAUCAAGCCGGGUGAACCAGAACCACAGAUUUUGGAUUUUCAAACCCAGCAAUAUAAACUCUUCCCACUGCUGGCCACGGCCUAUGCCUUCCAUUUCGUAGGCGCCUACAUGAAGGAGACCUAUCAUCGCAUUAAUGAAGACAUUGGCCAGGGGGACCUGAGCGAGCUGCCCGAGCUUCACGCCCUCACCGCCGGGCUGAAGGCUUUCACCUCCUGGACGACUAACGCCGCCAUCGAAGCCUGUCGGAUGGCCUGUGGCGGGCACGGCUACUCUCACUGCAGCGGCCUCCCAAACAUCUACGUCACCUUCACCCCGACCUGCACCUUCGAGGGAGAGAACACCGUCAUGAUGCUGCAGACCGCCCGGUUUCUGAUGAAAAGUUACGACCAGGUGCACUCGGGAAAGCUGGUGUGUGGCAUGGUGUCCUACUUGAAUGACCUGCCCAGCCAGCGCAUCCAGCCGCAGCAGGUGGCCGUGUGGCCCACCGUGGUGGACAUCAAUAGCCCCCACAGCCUCACCGAAGCCUACCGGCUCCGGGCGGCCAGAUUAGUAGAAAUCGCUGCCAAAAACCUUCAGACGGAAGUGAGUCACAGAAAAAGCAAGGAGGUCGCGUGGAACCUGACUUCCGUGGACCUCGUGCGAGCGAGUGAGGCGCACUGCCACUACGUGACGGUGAAGCUCUUUUCGGAGCAGCUCCUCAAAGUUCAAGAUAAGCCCACCCAGGCCGUCUUGAGGAACCUGUGCCUCUUGUACUCUCUGUACGGGAUCAGUCAGAAGGCGGGGGAUUUUCUUCAGGAGAACAUCCUGACAGACUCUCAGAUCACCCAGGUGCACCAGCGCAUCAAGGAGCUACUGACCGUGAUCCGCCCGGACGCCGUUACGCUGGUCGAUGCGUUUGAUUUCCAGGAUGUGUCGCUGGGCUCCGUGCUGGGCCGCUACGAUGGCAACGUGUAUGAGAACCUGUUCGAGUGGGCCAAGAACUCGCCGCUCAACAAAGACGAGGUCCAUGAAUCUUUCUACAAGCACCUGAAGCCACUGCAGUCCAAGCUCUGAAGGUCACGACCUCAGUCCUCCACGCCCCUGCACCUGCCGCACAAACCUGCACGGAGUCUCGGUCCAGUGCAGAGAGCUUUGGAGCACAUGAUAAACUGACCCUUUCCUCUUUAUAAAUGAAGAAAACAAUGACCAGCUUUCAGAGAUUAAAU